GUCCUUUAUCGCGUUGCAUUGUGGGAGUUACAGUCCGUGCCACAUAUCGGUCUCCAUAACUUUGUACAGUCAGAUCAGAGAGAGGCGCGAGCCGAAGUCCAGCGGGACGGACGGGCGGCACUCCUCCACCGCAGGAUGCUUUACUGGGUACCAAACCGUCUGCCAGAGGAUAACAAGCUCACGGGUUGGAAACGGCAGCCAUAGAGGAAACUUUUAGCUUCUCUUUUAGCUAAUUUGGGAACAGCUAAUGGUUGCGGAGGUUAGCCAGCGAUGCUAACAGGACUUAAAGUGGGAUAAUAAGUGGCAUUCAGCUGGGUUAUUUAAGCUGGGACUCUAUCUGAGCUCUGCAGGCGGACUGGAGGCUCCGCAGCAUGAACAACAACAACCAGAACAUUUGCAUAACAUUGUUGUUAUCUGAUAAGAGCGAUUGUUCUUCGUGAUUCCGCCUUUUUUAUUAUUAAUUAAAUUCCUACUAUGAGGUCGUCAGGAAGUUUCCCAAAGCAGGUGUAUCAUUAAGUUGGGACUAAAGAGCAAAGAAUGCCUGAGGUGGAGGCUUCCAGUUCAUCUCUCGGUUUGGAGGACCCGCAGUGGCUAUGCAUGGUCACCCUGUUCAUCGCAUCCCUGCUCACUUUGGCUAUAUACUUCGUGCAGUUUUUCCAUCCUGGCUUAAUAGGAGGCAGGCAGAGAGGAGCAGCAGGAGCAGCCCAGGAGGAGGAGGAGGAGGCAGUGGCUCUGCUGCGAUGGGCGCUGUCACUGAACAGCUGGAAGAGGCAGUGGAGGGCAGCCUGGUGCAGGGAUCUGAAUGAGGAGGCGACCAGGCGUGGGGAAUCUCUUCUGUUGAAGUUUGAAGAAGAUGGCUUUGAGGCAUCAGAACUCGCCGUCAGGAAGGUUUCCAGCUUCCAGAAGUCGGCCACCAACAAGGCCGCCUCCUGCAGCGUGGUUGGAGAGAAGCUUCAGUUCCUCCUCAGCGUUGGAUCCACAGCUGAUCCCUGUAGAUACACGGCGCGUUUAGCUCCAGUAGAGCUCCAGCUUCAGCUCCACAUGCAGGAAGUCCAAGAUGAGAUCAAAGUGAGCUGGGAAGUGUCCCAUCUGGACGUCGAGGGGCUGCAUGUCGCCCCCAGCCUCACACAGGACUCUGCUAACGCCUGCAGUGCUGCAGCCCUAAAGGAGCGUCUGAGGCAGCUGCUGCGUGCGAGCCGUCCCUCUGUGCUGCUGAGCUGCAGGCCUGCUCAGGCCUCAGAACGCAAGGAAACUCACGGCAAAGUGAUGUCGCCUCCGAAGCCCCCCCGAGCCCACGACUGGAAGCUGCUUGUAAAAAACACCCGCGUCACACUCAAUCAGGAGGAGGAUGCUGCAGGCAGCAUCAAUCCUCUUAGUGUUCUGCAGCUGGAUGAUCCUCCGCAGAGGUUUAGCACAUCUGUUAUGAAGAACACAACCAAUCCUACCUGGGAUCAGCCGUUUGUCUUUGAGUUGAAUGGACGAUCAAAAGAGCUCUGUGUUCAGGUGUUGAAUGACGGUCUUCCUCCAGAAGACUCUUUACUAGGUCAGGUGUGUUUGCCUUUUGAUCUUGUGAAGAAGCACCCCAAAGGACAGCAGACGUUUGCACUAAAGACCAAAGACACAGUGACUGGAUCACUGACUACUGAGUUUACCUAUCUAGAGCCCAGCGAGGUGCGGUCCUGGCAACCUCCAACCCCAGCUGCCAGUAAGAGGGUGGAGAUGGACCGUACCGUCAUGCCUUGUGGCACCGUGGUCACCACCAUCACGGCUGUGAAGAGCAAGCCAGGGCGACCUCUGCCUCUCAACAGCACUGAGCCGACCCUGAAGACGGUCGACAGCAAGGCCAAGCUAGUUGAGCGCAGAGUUUCAGAGCAGGCGUCCAUACUGGGGGGCACAGUGAGCAAGGCCUUAUCGUCCUCUGACACCGAGCUGCUCAUGCUCAAUGGAACAGACCCCGUGGCUGAAGCGGCGAUCCGACAGCUCCACCAGUCGGCCAAGCAGAAGCUCAAAUCGCCAGUGAAGAAGAGCACCAUCAUCAUCUCAGGCAUCGCCAAAACGCCCCUGUCUCAGGAUGACGAACUUUCUUUGAUGGCGGGUUACGCAGCACAGAUGGAUGCCUCGAUGUCCGAGAGCAGCUCCACUCAGGACAUGAACGCGGCCGUCGCAUCGGGUGCCAGCAGCAGUCCUCCUGAGGGGUCCGAGCCCCACAAAGGUCCUGCCGAAGUUGGCCAACCUCCAGAAGACUGGGAGAGUCAAGCUGAGGAAGCGCUGGACAACACAUCCCUGUCCAUGUGUGUAUCUGAGGCCAGCUGUAAGAAAAGCAGAGAGGAGAGCAGUGCUAAGCAGACUUUAUGCCUCGAUGAGGAGCUUACUUCAGAAGAGUGCCAAGCUCUUUUUCCGGCGGCGCCACCAGCGCAAGGAGCCGGGGAUGAGCCAGUCGCACAACGACCUGGUGUACCUGGAGUCUCCUGCGUCGGUGGAGCGGGCCAGCAGGACCGCCACGCUCAGCCGCAUGCUCAUCCGCAAGAGUAAGAGCUAUAAAAACAAGAGUAAAGCUAAUGGCUCUACUCCUGCAGCGGAUCCACAUGUCUGACCCCCCCACGGCGUCGCUUCUGGUCCAUCUCAGCCUACCGUCAUCACCUCCAUGUUAAAGAUGCACUUGCAAACAGUUAGGCUAACCUGCUUCCUCCCCAGCACUGUGAACAGCGGGGCUAACAGCCUUCCUUCUAGCAUUCUAUAGACUGCAUGUGUGUUUACAUGUGAACAGAGGUGUACUGGUUGAUGGCUUUAUAAUAUUUAGCAUGUUACCUUUAAUCAAUUUAUUUUUUACCACAAUCGGGAAUCUUAAGUGCUUUUAUCACCCCGGUUACGGACGGAUGGGACUGAUGCGGGCCGUCUUCCUUUACCUCACCGACGCUGAGGGUCGAACAGAAAACUCUUCCCUGCUGCGAUCCGUACAUUUCCUACGGCGAAUGGGCAGAACCAAAGAUGAGGAGCGGAGUGCUGUUUGUAUGAUUUGCACAAGUCCAGUAGUGUGUUUUCAUUGUGCGAUGAGAGGAGCCACUUCUGCACUCCUUCCUGUUUGAACUAAAGGGAGACCAUCAUCAUUAGACUACUAUUUUAACACUAAUGUUACAGCAUGAUGGUUUGAAAAUGGAUUACAUUUAUACUAAAUACUUGAUAAAAGUUUUUAAUAUUCGUUUGCAAUGUAUGCAAAAAUCUUUAACUCCCUUUUAACUUAUUUAGCCAUGAAUUGAAUAGAAAUCUGUUUCAGUUCACAUGUUGAUAAUGUAGAGUAGAAUAUGGAUUGAAUAUCAGUUUGUAACCUGAACAUGUUUUACAAGGGAGACAUGUAUGGAGUGAAUUUUGUUCCAUUAUUGUUGCAAACAGAUAAAAUGUUUAGUGAAUCAGGAAAUUAAAGUCAAAAAAUGUGUAUUAAUGUUUUGAAUGAAGUUUUAUCAAAUUCUGUUUGUACACACAAUUUUUUUUCAAAAAAUGUUUCUAUAGAUUUUAUAUUUUCAUUUUUUUUUUUUUUUUUUUUCGGAUUGAGUUUUAUGAAUAACAUUUUUUUAUCCACUUGCCUUUCACAGGUCACAUUACUUUUACUUCAAGCCCAUUACAUUCAUUGACAGAUAGCGUUGUUGCUAACGUCUACGCGUACGAAUAGAAAUGUCUCCGCUCCUACAGAGGAAAGUGCGCCCCUUUAGAACUGAAGAGAAUAUGAUCUAAAGAAGAAUGCAGGUCGUAAAACUCAAUCUGAAAAAGAGUAAUAUAAAAAAUUUAUAAAAUUUAUAAAUGUAUAUAUUAAAAA